AUGUCCACUGCUACUCGGCGCUCAACGCGUCGCGCGGCGGCUGCGGCAGCCUCUGUUGAGCCCGCACCGCCUGCACCCGAGCGAAGCGCAUCGGAAGAAACCCCCCCACCAGAGCCGUCCAAGAAGCGAGGUCGCAAGCCCAAGGCUGCAUCUACAAAGGUCGAGUCGCAGACCGUGACAGAACAGACAGUGACCAAGGCCCGCGCUACGUCACGCGCAAGCCAAACACCCGCAACUACGGCAACCAAGAAAUCAACAACAACAACAACAUCGGCCACUGUCACCACGACGCCAGCUCCUGUUGUCACUAAGCGGACCAGGGCUGGUCGCGCCAAGGUAGUGGAAGCAGGGGGAGAAGCCUCACCACAACGCAGCCUAGACGUGACUAGGCCUGUAAAGCGCAUUCGUGGUGCAAGCCAACAGAAGGUGGCCUCUGACAAACGCAAGUCGGUGUCUUCAGUAGCAGCAUCAGUGAAUGACGAGAACGAGGAUGAAGACGACGAUGAGGAUGAGGGUCUGUUCUUCAAGAAGAGUAAGCGCCGAUUCCAUUCCAGAUUUCGUUUCGCCUCCAUCGAUGAGGAGACAGCCCCCAGCGACACUAAAAUGGACGCGCCAGAGAGUAGUGCGAUUCAUAAAGAGGUUGAUCUUCUUCGUGUGCGCGUGACAGACUUGGAGGCUCUCAAUCAGAGCCUUACAGAGUUGCUCCUUGAGAAGGACACGCACCUGUUUGAGUAUGAGAACGAGAACCUUCGCCUCAAGCACCAGGUUGAGCACCAAAAUGAGUUGAUUGCGCGCCUGCAAGGAAACUCGCGUCUGCAAAGUCCUUUGAACAUUAGCUACGGUACACCGGCUAACACCUAUGUUUCAGAAUUCGACCGUGAACUUGUAGCUGUGACUGAGUCUCCACCAGCGCAGCCCGUCUUCGUGAACGGUACUGAGUCCGCCCUUGCGCUUCUCCACAAAAUUGAGAAUGCGGCGAAAGAGACGGUACGUGUCGAAUCGCUCAACCGAGAGAGUGAGGCACGUCCAGAUGAGGUCACGGAGCCCUCACUGCAGCAGUCCCCACAGCAAUCCGUACCACAAUCCGCCAAGAGGUCUUUCACUGAAGCUUCAGCCACACCUGAUCGACCCGUUGCGACGCCCUCCAACAUUUUUAGCAGAUCCUUCACAGCCAUCAAGUCCCGCCUCUUCUCCUCAACCCCUAAACCAUCACCCUCUCCACAGGCCCCUUCUCCUCCAACUGCUAAGCCCCUACCACCCCCGAACACCUACACAGAGAUCUUGUCCACCCCACCCACCCCUAUUGGUGAACGUGUCAAGACGCCGAAGAGGCGCACGCCUAACAACGGCAUGAUGAAAGUGCUGCUGAAGGGCAUCGAACCAGGAGAUAAGCGCAAGGCUGAAGAAUGGGCCAAACAAGUCAUUCCAGAACUGAUGAAUGACCCCAACUACAAAGAGAAGCGCAUGCGCCUGCAGGGAACUGUUCUCUUCCAGGAUCUGAUACACUUUCCAUCUUCCAAACCCUGGGAAACUGGCUUUGGUGAUCCGCUUGGCGAUCUGGAUGAUGAAGAUCCAGUCCCAGCCUGGGCCAUCUAUCUGGACAUGAAAGCCGAGGAGGUCGAACACAAACCUAAGAGAACCAAGAAGAGUCACCGAUCCAGUAUGGACAGUGAGGAUAUCCCCACGAUUGAUGAGCAGUACGCCGCCAGCAACAGCGCGCAUACGCCCCCAAAGCUGUACAACAGCCAUGGUCAGAGCGCAUCCCUCUAUGACUACCGCCCGCGCCGUGCCAUUGACCCCUCACCCCUGUUCUCCAAUUCCGUUUCCCACAAUGAAGGUGGUAACCUCUUCCGCGAGCUUCAUGGUCACGAGUCUGCAGCACAGAUGCGUGAGAAUGAUCGUGAAAUCCUCAGGAAGGCGGACGCAGCCAAGAGUCCUGUCAAGGUGAAGACACCCCCACACAACCCUGACGGUGGCUCCUUCAGUGCCUCCUUUGAGUAUUCCGACGACGACGACGACGACGACGACGACGAUUCCAACGCGGACGGCGAAACCUCCGAUGCUGAAGCCGCUCCCAUUUGGACCCAGCCGCCCCCACCUGCCCCUGUCCCCGCACACGCUCCACUCCCAGGAGGACCCUCAGCUGAGACGCCAUCUGCCCCUGUCUCUGAUGUCCCUCCCACCCCUGCCGGUCAGCAACCAGUAGCGGAGGUUGAGCGCCAACGCCAGAGGCUCAUGAAGCAUACACCUGCCAAGCCUUCUCGUCUUCGCGAAGCUACCUAUCCUUCACCUAGCGUUUUCUCAGACGCUGGCAUCCCGUCGCCUUUGACCACUCCUGCCCAUCUCACUGAUUCGGUAGCUUCCAUGUUCGCCGAUAUGCCAGCAGCGCAGCCCAUCGAGCUUGACGAAGAAGAGCAGGCUGACUACAAUGCGCUCAUUCAGACUGCCGGAUUCAAGCAGCUGCUUGCUAAAGACUGGCCAGCCGCCACCCUCACCUACGAGUCUGAGGAGGAAGAGCUGAGCCCGACCUCUGCCUAA